UGGGCCUUAAGCUCCACGCAGUAGAAGUCCGACCAGAAACCGAGCAAGUCUUGUGUUCCUUCGUUCCCGUCCUUUUUGAAUUUUCUCGUUCCGUGUGUUGAUUUUUUCUUUUUCUUCCAUCAGCUAUCAGUUUCCUAUCCCUUUUUUUUUGUCUCACCUUAUUCAGUUUUGACAAGAAAACAAACAAAGCACUCACACAUACUUUAAAUCAAUUUCGUAAUUUUAACUUGAUUUAAUAAUCUAUUAAAAAAACACACGGGCUGUUUUUUUCAUUUCUUUUGAGGAAUUUCUUUGAUUCGCAUCCAUUUUUCUCCCCACGUUUUCCAAUCAAAGAUAUUUUGUUCUUUUCUUCUCAAACGACAACGACGAGAGUGAGUGUGUGUGAGACCACGCGGGUGACCAUUGGCCAUUUUCAACCAUUUUUCGUCACAUCCAAAGAUUACGCAGUAGCCGACAAAAGCAGAAAAAUGAACGGUUUAGAAAGUCUACCUCAACACGGCGUCCUGACAGCCAAUGGACUCAAUCACGUUGCAUCCGUCAAUAAUGUUAGCCACGGAUCGCAGCACAUUGUGCCCAAAGAUGACGAAAGCAAGACUAACUUGAUUGUUAAUUACUUGCCACAGACGAUGACUCAAGAAGAAAUCCGCUCCCUAUUUGCCUCUAUUGGCGAAGUUGAGAGUUGCAAGCUCAUACGCGACAAAAUCACAGGUCUUGAUUUUGAGAUCAAUGAUGCAGGGCAGAGUUUGGGCUACGGAUUCGUCAACUAUCAUCGAGCCGAAGAUGCUGAAAAAGCAAUUAACACUUUGAACGGAUUGCGUCUACAAAACAAAACGAUCAAGGUCUCGUUUGCCCGUCCUAGCAGCGAGAACAUUAAAGGAGCCAACUUGUAUGUUAGUGGCAUACCCAAGACGAUGUGCCAGAGUGAAUUGGAGACUCUAUUUGCGCCGUUUGGACGCAUCAUUACGUCUCGGAUCCUUUGUGACAGCAUCACGGCAGCCGGUCUGUCAAAAGGGGUGGGGUUCAUUCGGUUUGACACGCGAGGAGAGGCAGAACGUGCCAUUGAGAAACUGAAUGGCACCGUGCCGCAAGGAGCCACAGAGCCCAUUACAGUCAAGUUUGCAAACAACCCCAGCAAUUCUACCAAGGGUCUAGCUCCAUUGGCUGCCUACCUACCUGAAUUUUCUUCUGGUGCGGCAGCUGCAGCUGCGGCGGCGUUGGGCGUUCGACGUUUCGGAGGACCUAUACAUCCAACCGGACGCCUUCGCUACAUCCCACUUUCUCCUUUGGCCAGAGGCGGGGCAGCGUGGCAACCGAUGGGCGUCACCGGUGUGAAUGACGGUGUUGGGGUCAAUGAAAUGAGCAUCACCGACCUAUCGGAAGGCGCUCGCACUCCUUCCAGUGCGGGCAAGGCUGUGUUGGCCCUCAACAAAGGGCUUCAAAGGUUUUCGCCUUUGGCCGGUGAUAUUUUGGCUUCACCAUUGCUACCGGGAGCUGCUGCCGCAGCUGCCGCCGCUGCCGCUGGAGCUGCCAUUCCAGAUGUUUACUUUAAAUUUGAUGAAGGAACAGGUUGGUGCAUUUUUGUUUACAACUUGGCGCCCGACACGGAGGAAAGUGUCUUGUGGCAGCUUUUUGGACCAUUCGGUGCUGUUCAGAGCGUCAAAGUGAUUCGUGAUCUGCAGACAAACAAGUGCAAGGGCUUCGGAUUUGUCACUAUGACCAACUAUGACGAAGCACUUGUAGCCAUCCAGUCGCUCAAUGGCUAUACGCUUGGUAAUCGCGUCCUCCAAGUUUCGUUCAAAACUGCCGGAUCCUCUACUGGUCGUCCUAGCAAAGCCUAAAUGGGGCGCCCCAUUGCCAGAACCAGCCACUCACAUCCACACAUGUUACACGUACACACACCACACACACACACUCACUCACGCUUUAGUAGCUGACAACCUCCCUCCAAGAAAAACAACAAAAGAAGAAAAGCCCCCCCAUUUCCCAAAACAUCUCUCGCACUUGACUCGUCUGCGAGCAUUUAAAGACAGGAAAGAAAAAAGUCAUCCUGGAAAACACCCAACCCUAUCCCACCCACUCCACAAGCCAAUUAUCGGUUACAAAGAUAUCCUCUCAUCAAAUUCAUCGUUUACAAAGCUAGUCAGCUCUGCUCAAGCGACGUCAUUUAAGAAUUGCAGUACAUAGAAAAAUGGAACAAAAAUGAAGCAACGAGGAGAAUUAUAUGCGCGAGAUAUAGUCGAGACGAUUUGCGAAUAAUGUUUUUCGCAGCGAGGCAAGUAAUGGAUCUCAUCAGUUGUUAAAAAAAAAAAGAGAAAAAGAGAUUGCUAGUCACUUGGUUGAAGGAUAUAUAUUUUUUUUCUUCUGGAAAAUCAGAAAAAGAGUGAAUGCAAAUCGUUUUCACUUUGUCCUCGUCAACAACGUGUUCUCGACCAUUCUGUAAAUUCGAAUGGUGCAAAAAGAGUUUUUGUUUAUCUUUCGUACAUCUUCUUCCCAAAUCUCACCCGGAAUGAUGUUUCCUUCCCUUCCGUCAGUCGACCUAAACCUUCAAAAAAGCUUAAAAUUGAACGACCGGCUUUUGGGGAGUUAUUCCAAACAAUUAAUUUCAUUUUACUCCUUAACUUUCAGACGAACCCUUGCUCUUACUAACCGAGAAUUUUUGUGUAUUUUUUUUUUUUUAUUAUUAUUUAUUAUUAUUUUUUUAAACCGAGUUUUGGAUAUUCAUCUGAAUUCGUUUAUUUUGCUAUUUGGUUUUUUCCCCCCUCAUGUCCCCUACUUGGUUUAUCACUUUCAGUUACACCAAUUUUUCUCUGAACUUUUAUUUUAUUUCGUUCAAUUUUUUGUUUUUUAAUGUUUUUUUUUUUUGUUUUCCUGUGUGAAACACAUUCGUACACGACACACACACACAACACAUAAACGAACGUACGCCAGGGCGUACACGAUAGAACGGAAAUACUCGCAAAAGUCUACUUAAUCGCCAGAGCGCGUCGCGGACGAGACGCCAGGAUGCGGAUAUUUAGUCGAUACAUUCCUUAUUGUUAAAAGAAGUUGACGACAGAGAAAAGAGAGGAAAGGUUUCAUUUUUUUUAUUUAUUAUUAUUCUUUUUUUAUUGAGAAAGUUAGUUCUUUGACGUUUUUUGCGUGUCAUCGUUUUCAAUUCACUCGUUUCCCUCCUGUUUAUCGAGUCGAGUAGCAGUAACAAGUUUUCUUUUAUUCCUACGGUAGUGAGUAGAAUUACGAAAAGGUUGAUUAAUCAUUAUUAUUAGUGCUUUCCAUGUUUUUCUCCGCACGCGUUCGUUUUCUUUCAUUUUUGCGUCGCCAGCGACAAAUAACAGCCAGGAAAGUAAUCAAGUGAUUGACAUUUCUGUUUUGUUUUUUUACGAAUUUGACUCCGACAUUUUCGUAGAUACUUUGGCUCGCUCAUUUCAUCCCUUUUUCUCAUUUCGUCACUUUGUUCGGUUCUUUCUCCCCUAUUUCAAAGAACCGAGACCAGUAUGUUUGGUCUACCGUAGUUAUUCAUAGUUUCGUGUAUUUUUAUCAUUGAAUUUCCCUACUCAUCAUUUCGAAAAAUGCCACCUUUUUUGGUCAUUGUUUUUCUCGUCGCGCUCUCGAUCUCCUCUUUCCUCUUUUUUGCGCUCUCCUUUCUCUAGUCAACCCGUCGAAGAAUUUUUCUCUCGUUUUUUGAAUUCCAAUUUUUUCGAUUACGUGUAGUUUCUCCUUGAUUUGUCUUUUUAAUUUUGGUCGUUCAAACAACCAACUACUACACCAACAACUACUGAAGAACAGUCGAAAACUUGGUGAUCCGUUUUCGAAUUUCGCGCCACGAAUGACACUUUGAACGAGCGUUUUAAUGGAAACAAUGAACAUUAAAAAAAAAAAAGUUUUACCGCGAUGCUCAAGUCACCUCACACGCUACCGCGGUGAAUGGAACGUGAAAGAUCACAGGGAAAAGUAUUAAUAUCAUGAUAGGCUUAAAAACAAACAAACAUACAAAAUUCAACGCGAUAUUAAGACUUAAAAAAGAAACAAACAGAAAGACAAUGUUGAAUCUAUAUAGAAAUUGAAAAAAUACCCAAAAAAAUCGAAUGCUUGUAAAUAUAAUGAAGUACCGAACAUUUCGUGGGAAAAUACAUCACCUUAUAAAAGAUAA